UUCAACACCAAUACAAAUAACGCCUGGACCACACACUUCCGCUCACUCCAACGUUUUCCUCACCAAUGCAACUUACCAACUGACAAUGUUGAUUCAUCACCCAUCUGGAAAACUGCCAUAAUGUAAAUCGGCCUUUCACUAGAACAUGGCCCCUUUGUCUCCGCAUCAAGCCCGACGACGUAAUUCAGACGAGACGCCCGACAACGACGAAUAUGGCCAAUUGACUGAAGUUGCCAUUCCACAACCAGUCACACCAGAAGAUACCAGUCACCCAGCGCUUGAAGAUUACGAGCGCCGAUUCAGUCGAGCGACACCACAGGCAGAACUUGAGCCUGAGAUCGUCCUGCCAGAGGGGCCUGCCACACGUGACCAGUUUCAGGACGAAGAGCAAACCUCCAACAACGACAAACGGCAGCAUGAAAAGCCUGUACAGUCGGGGAAGCCGUCUGCUUUCUUCCUCGAACUAUACACCGUUUCGUGGCUGAUAUUCUUCUCUUUCUUGGGCACACUGGCCCGCUUGGGAGUUGAGACAAUUACUCUCUACCCCAAUUCACCAUUUUCUUCUCGAGUGGUUUGGGCCAAUGUGGGAGGAUCAUUCGUCAUUGGCGUCCUGGCUGAAGAUCGACAAUUAUUUCGACAUGAAUGGGGAGCACCAGAUCCUAAAGCACCGUUGUCGGAACAUGCAAAGGUCAAGAAGACGAUUCCACUGUAUAUUGGCCUAGCCACAGGCUUCUGUGGAAGUUUUACGUCUUUCUCGUCUUUCAUCCGCGACGCCUUUCUGGCCAUGACCAAUUCUCUACAGUCGCCAUCAUUGACUAGCCCAUACCACGUCGACUCUGUGAUCGCUCCCCGAAACGGAGGGUUUUCCUUUUUGGCUCUGCUCGCUAUCUUGAUUGUCCACCCGGCACUUUCUUUGGCUGCGCUGAUGGUGGGCGCGCAGUUGGCAUUACUGGCACAGCCCGUCACCCCAACCAUCCCCUUCGGAUUUUUACGCAAGGUACUUGAUCCACUCGGUGUCCUGCUCGCAUUUGGCGGCUGGCUUGGAGCGGUGCUGCUUGCAAUCUGGCCACCAGGCAAUGAGACACGGUGGCGGGCAGGAGCCGUAUUUCCGCUGGUGUUUGCACCUCUGGGCUGUCUUCUGAGAUACUACGCAUCAAAGCACAUGAAUGGAUUGAUCCCUGCAUUCCCGCUUGGAACUUUCACAGUCAAUCUCUUUGGAACGGCGGUGCUGGGCAUGGCCUACGACCUCCAGCACGCGAACAGUAUUGGGGCAUCGAAUGCUAUUUCAUGCGCGGUGCUACAGGGCAUAAUGGAGGGCUUUUGUGGCUGUCUUACAACCGUGAGCACAUGGGUCGCCGAAUUGCAUGGUCUUAGGAGACGGCAUGGUUGGAUCUAUGGGUUGGUCAGCGUUGCUGCUGGACUGGGGCUGAUGGUCAUUAUAAUGGGAAGUAUGAAAUGGACCGUGGGUUAUUCGACCCCAGUGUGCAGUUGACGUUGAACUGUAAUAAUUGCUGCAUGUAGACCAUAUACAUUUGAGACAGAGCUUGACUACAAUCAUG